AUGAAAUUAUUAUUGGUCGUCUGUUUGUGCUUUGCCUCGACGCUGGCAAAGGAAGAAGUGCAAUUGAUCUCCAAUGAAGCCAUGGUGGAAUAUGAUGGAAAAUUCCACUACCAUUACGAGCUCGGCGAUGGCUCGAAGGCCUCACAAGACGGCGUUUUGAAGAAGGUGGACGCAGAGCAUGAUGGCGAGUCGAUCGAGGGCAAAUUUGCUUUUGUCGCCGAUGACGGCAAGGAGUACUUGGUGUCGUACAUAGCUGAUGAGAAUGGCUACCAGCCGGUGGGCGCACACCUUCCAACACCACCACCAGUGCCCGAAUCGGUGCUGAAGACUUUGAAGUACUUGGAAGAGCAUCCCUAUAACCCAGAAGCGGCGGCGAAAAAACACUAAACUAAGCAAGCUAGCAAGCUGAUUACACGUGCGAGCGGAAACGAGCUGAAACUAGUUGAAAUGAAGAGAACUGUGAUCUUUGCGAUGCAAUGCGCUAAAUAGAAGAAAAAUAUACU